GCUAUUCCAACAUGAUGCAGUCAAGUGAUGUCGAUCUGCUUCUUAUAGGCAAAACCGGAAACGGGAAGAGUGCAGCAGGAAAUGCUAUCCUCAAACGAAGAGCUUUCAAAAGCAGCGGUGCCUUCUCGUCAGUCACAAAGAGAAUCGACUACGAGGUGAGUGACUUCAACGGCCGAAUUCUAAAAAUUGUCGACGGACCUGGCGUCGGGGACACACGGAUGAACACGGAUGAGGCGGUGAAACUCGUCAUGGUUGGGAUGGAAAAAGCCAUAGCCACAAACCCAAAGGGCUACCACGCGUUUCUCCUGGUCGUGAAGUACGGCCAACGAUUUACGGGAGAGGAGCAAGAUACUAUUGUGUUUUUGAAGAAAAUCUUUGGUGAGACGUUCGUUAAAGAAUUUUGUAUUUUGCUCAUGUCUAAUGGAGACACCUUCGAGAGUGAGAGCGAAGAAACUGGCCAGACGUUUGAAGACUGGUGCAGGUCACAAACGGGAGCUUUUAAAUCUCUACUGUCAGAGUGUAAUAACAGAAUUGUUCUAUUCAAUAAUUUAACAAAAGAUGAGGACAUCAGAGACAAACAACUGCGCCAGCUGUUAUCGGUAGUGGACCGACUGAGUUCAAAAGGUCAGAGAUACACGGACAAGAAUUUUGAGGAAGCCAGAGAUGCCCGUAUGCGCGUCAUGGUUGAUGCACAGGAGCCACUUAUAAGGGACGAGACUAUGCGAGAAGUUAGUCUCAUUCUACAAAAGCUGGAGCAGAUUCAGGCUCGUGACCAUUUCGAAACAAAACUGGACCUCUUGGAGGCACUCCUUGUUCGGGCAGAAGCGCUAUUGAAAAGCACUUGUGAUUUAGACAGAGGAACCGGGGCCCUACAUGAAAUCGUUCAGACGGUCAAGUCCAUCAUAUCAACAAUAUCGGAUGAAAUCAAAUUCACCAUCAGAAACCAAAAGGAGAGUCAAAGGAUUAAAAAGAUAGAAGAGGAGCUAAAGAGAAAAGCUGAUGAAGAGACUGAAAGAGUUCGUCAACAGUUCGAGCUGAUGUUGAAGCAGGAGAGACUUGCAGACGAGAGAAAAGCUGAGAUUUUAAGACAGCAAGAGAAGACGCGCGAAGAGCUGGAGAGAAAAAUGAGACGUGAAAGAGAAGAGAGACAGAGGGAACAUGCGAUUCAGCUAGAGCAGGAACGGCGGGAGCACAUACGAAGAACGGAAGAGCUUGAGAAGGAAUACAGAAAGAUUAAGGAGAAAAAUGACGAGAGUGUCUUGAGCAAGGUCGUCAGUGGGAUCACGUGGCCUUUUAGGAAAGUGGCCAGCUGGUUUAGCUAAUAGUUUUAGAUUUAUCAAAAGAAGCCUACACAAAUUUAGUUUCCAGAAGUCUUUUGAAAUGGCAGUGACGUAAAGAAUGUAAACAACUGUCUUGGCUGUUGAUAUAAAUAUGGGUUCUUUAAGGCACGCAGUUACGGUACUUUGAUUACGUAAAUAAUUUUCAUUAAAAUUUUUUUUCAAAUCUUGAGCAUUGUCUAUAAACAGUGCAUUCGACAAGUAAAAUGUAUGUAUUUAAAGAAUAAUUGAUUCUUUUUUUAAUUGUCUACAAUUGAAGUUCAAAAUUUGAUUAUUUACAAUAAUUUCAACUUUCUUUUUUUUUCUUCCAAAUUUCCAAUCCAAGAUUUUUUUUUUUUUUAAAAGUACAUUUAAUAAAAAUUAGCAUAAUUUCACUACAUUGCUAAAGUAUCGCGUUGUUUCCCCUUCAUAUUCAAACCAUACGCACAAAAGAAUACGUGUCCAAAUAGAGUUGAGCUAAUUAAACUCUUUAAAAAAAAUUAAUUCCAAUUGACAUUUUGUUGAAUAUAAUAUGUUCAUUAAGUGAGGUCGUGGCUUGUCCACUUGG